AUGUACGUGUCAUACUCAAGCAAAUCAAGGCAGGAGAGCGGGCACGCGGUGCCGGUACUAGUGGUGGUCGCUCUCUCGGGGGUCAAAGUAUGCGACCCCGAAGAUCAGAGUGUACGCAUGUCCCACGCGUUACGUCGCAUUUCGUACGCGACAUGUGAGUCGGCGCGGGCGUUGUUCGCUUUUGUAGCGCGCGAGCCUCGAUCCGAGCACACCCACCAGUACUGCCACGCCUUCGAGACUGAUACGCCUGACCAGGCGGAGGAACUAAACACGUUAGUGGGAGAUGCGUUUCGAAUGGCGUUCGCGUCGCAGCUACAACCUUCCGCCCCGCUCUGGAGCAAAGAGUUAAGCGGUGCUUGUACGCGCGCUCCAGAUACUCUCCCUGGACUGACGCAUCACUACCCACAUUGCUUGGACAGAUCCCCAUCACAAUGCGACAUAAUGGGUGGUACAAACGAAACAAGCGAGCCAAGCGAAGCGAGCGAGGCGAGUCCCACCUCUUCCGAAGACUGGAACUCGCCUACAGAACUCAGCUGUUACAGGCGACUUGGGGAGAGGUUAGAGAAGAUGGAAAGGCCUCCUCUGAUGAAACGCCUGGCGUUAGGCCUUAGUGGAGCUUUGCUUCAACCCUCUGAUGAUGACGCGACCCCGCUCGUCACAGACACUCCCACUACCCCUACAAAUGUCCCGCUUUGUCUCAACGGCGGGUACAUUAAUGAAGCGUCCGAGGCGGAAGCGCGCACGCGCGAGAGCAAUCGUGUGAGAGACAUGCUCUCUUGUGACGAAAACGACUUUAUGAAAUGCAAUAACAUUAGUAAUGGUAGACCAAGCACGGGUAGUGCGGCCACAUCCUCGUCUUCGGGCGAGUCUUCCUGCGGGGCGUCUCGCACGUCCGGGAACAACAACUUGCGACCCCUUGAGCCUGAACUAAGACAAGCGCCUUGGUUCCAGCAGGGCAUACCUAGAGAGAUUGCGCUGGAGGUGCUGGGCGCGCAGGCGCCGGGCGCGUUCCUGGUGCGCGCGAGCACGACGCAGGCGGGCUGCCUGGCGCUGUCGCUCCGCGUGCCGCGCGACUUCGCGCCGCACGGCAUCGCGCACUACCUCAUCCUGCGCACGCCCAAGGGGUACAAGAUUAAGGGCUUCACGAAGGAGUUCAGCUCGCUGUGCGCACUGGUGACGCACCACAGCGUGAUGCCUGAGCUUCUGCCGGUGCCGCUGCGGCUGCCGCGCGCACCGCCGCGCCCGCGCGCCGGUCUCGAGCCGCUGGAGCGCCGCGCGCCGCCGCCCGCGCCCUACCGCGCGCAGCAGGACGUG